GAUUGCUCCAUUCCAGCUUUCGGCCAUGGAAUCCUCUACUUUUAUCUCCCGCCUGCCCAUCAGUCUUUAUGGCUAUGUCCCAGAACAAACGGCCUGUAUCAUCUUUUUGGUCUUUUUCUCAGUUUCCACGGCUUUUCAUUUCGGCCAAGCGAUCGUUUUGCGCCAACUAUGGGUCUUUCAUACUAUCUUCCUGUGCGGCGUUGCCGAGAUUGUAGGAUGGAGCUGCCGGUUGUGGUCAUACAACAAUGUUUUUCUUCUGCGACCCUUCGAAGUCCAGUACUUCUGCCUCAUGGUUGCGCCGAUUUUCCUUUUUGCUGCCAACAUCGUGAUUUUCGUUCGGAUUGUUCAGCGGUUGGGUCCAUGGUACAGUCCCCUCAAGCCUCAGUACUACCUGAUUAUAUUCGCCAUCUUUGCUGCGAUUGCAGCGAUCCUGAUGAUAGUCGGACUGGGUAUCUCCCUCGCCGCCGUUCCACGCUUAAAUUUGGACCAGGUCAACACAGGUGUCAACGUCAUUCUUGCUGGCGUUGCCAUUCACUUGGCCGCCCUCGUCCUGUAUUUCAUCUUCUCCGUAUUCUUCUUUAUCCGACAUUCCCUCGACUCGCCCAGUAGCGAAGCAUUGGAAAGCUCUCAGGGAACAAUCAUUCCCCGUGCUCCAUGGGACAAACAGGUCCUCGUAUUGAGCGUGGUCCUGAUGUUGGAUAUGUCCUGCAUCUUUGUUCGCACGAUAUACAGAACCCUUGAGCUCAGCUAUGGAAUAUUUGGGAGGUAUAUGGACACUGAGCGGUUUGUUGUUGCCAUGGAUGCGGCGAUGAUGGUGGCGGCGAUGGUUCUAUGGAAUCUCGUGCAUCCAGCGCUAUUUAUGAAGCGGCGCAUUGACAAUGAUACCGAAUAGCCUAUCCAACGAUACCCUAUCAGCAAUGAAAUAUUGCUGACGAAGCAUCUUACUGUCUUGGAAGUUAGCAUUCUUAUGCGCCCAUAGUGUGAAGAAGCCUUGGUGCAGGGACUCGAGCAAAUAAAGUGGCCCUUUUUGCGAGGAAAGUGAAGAAGUGGCUACAGGACCCUGAAUGAACCACAUCCGUUUGCGGUGCGAGGGUCUUCAGUUUUCAGAUGAUACUUGACCGCUCAAGACAACGCAAUCCGACUGCAUAAUGUUGUCGUGCCCGAUGAUUGUUUGUCCCCUUUGACACAAAUGUGCGACUGAUGUUUUGUCUAUGCUUGUGCCUCUUUGAGCCUUGGGUCGAAGAUCAUCCCAUUGUUCAAUAUCCAAUAAAUAUAUAUAUAGGGUCCGAAGUCUCCUUCAUCUUCAUCUCCCUUAUUUCAAGUAUUACAUCGAUCAAAUCACGUAUUAUCUGCUAGGUAUCACCACGCUC